GAUUCAUUUGGAUAUCUGAAAAAAUGGGUUUUCAAUUAUUUAAGUUAUUAGCAUUUUUAGUAUUACUAUGUGCAGCAUUUGCUGGAUAUGUCAAUAUCGCAGAUGUAGACGUUGAUUUUCAUCCCGUAGAAAGACUAGUGAGAGGAAAACUGCAAAUGGCACGUGGGGAUAUGGCCUUAAACAAAUACACACCUGAAGAAGACAAAGAUCCUAACUUUUGGAUUAAUAUAGCACAAAAUGAAAUGGCAGAACGACUCAAAGCACCAAAUUUGAAUAAAGCUAAAAAUAUUAUAAUGUUUCUUGGUGAUGGCAUGUCCUUAACAACAGUCACUGCAGCGAGAAUACUCAAAGGCCAGAGAAAAGGCAAUACAGGCGAAGAAGAUAUAUUAAGUUUUGAAAAAUUUCCCCAUGCCGGAUUAAGUAGGACUUAUUGUACUAAUGCACAAGUACCAGAUUCUGCCUGUACCGCCACAGCUUAUCUAUGUGGUGUGAAAACGAAUAUUGUUAAUAUUGGUGUUAGCGCUAAUGUCGACCAUAAUAAUUGUGAGGCCAGCAUGGACCCGCUCAAUCAUGUUAGUUCAAUAGCAGAUUGGGCACAAGCUGCUGGUAAAUCAACCGGUUUUGUGACCACUACCACACUAACACAUGCCAGUCCUGCCGGCUCUUAUGCACACGUAGCAAAUCGUUUUUGGGAGUGUGAUACUGACAUACGAACUAAAGCUCCAGACGUUGAUGUCACAAGAUGUAUGGAUAUAGCUCACCAAUUGGUAACACAGUCACCUGGUAAAAAUUUCCAAGUUGUGAUGGGCGGUGGUAUGGGUAAAUUUUUACCAAAUACAUUGCAAGACUUACAUGGAAAAAUGGGUGAACGUCAAGAUGGAAAAAAUUUGCUUUCUACUUGGCAAGCAAUGAAUGCAAAGGGAGCGAUUGUUAGCAAUCGUGAUCAACUGCUUAAUAUCGAUGUAUCGGCAGUUGAUAAAGUAAUGGGUAUUUUUGAAUCUGGUGUGAUGAAGUUCCAUUCAGAAGCGGAUCCCGUAAAACAACCAACUUUGGCUGAAAUGACAGAAGUCGCUCUGAAAUUGCUGAGUAAAAAUGAGAAUGGUUAUUUCGUUUUUAUUGAAGGUGGUCUUAUUGAUUAUGGUAAUCACUUUAAUAAGCCUGGCAUUAGUUUAGAUGAAACACUUGAGUUUGAAAAAGCCAUACAACUCGCACGUGAUAUGACUAAUCCAGAUGAUACUUUAAUCGUUGUGACUGCAGAUCAUGGGCAUCCUUUAAGUAUUUCCGGCUAUCCUGGUCGUGGUAAUCCAAUCUUAGGACUUAAUGAAUAUGAUGAGGACGCUAAUGGUGUAAGGUACUCAACGCUUAAUUAUGCUAUAGGUACCAACCAAUAUUUAGAUGAAGCUGGAAAUCGUAUUGAUUUGACUGGCAGAUUUGGUCCAUCUGAUUUUAUUUUUCCAAGCUAUAUAAAAAGUAGCAUUGGUAAUCAUGCUGGCGAUGAUGUCGGUGUAUGGGCUAGUGGACCAUACUCACAUUUAUUUACAGGUACAAUGCAACAGAAUACAAUUCCACAUCAAAUGGCGUAUAGUGCCUGCAUAGGCAAUGGACCAACUAUGUGUGAUGAAUCGAAUGAAAAUUCUCUAGAAAACUCUAUAGAUAAUGGUGAGAAAUAAAGGCCGUGUUGAGAAAUUGUAAGGGGAAGCAAGUAUUUUCGUCUGAUAUUCUUAAGAUUACAUUAACUAUCAACAUGAGUUUAUGUAUUGAAUAUAAUUUUAAUAUAAAUUGAUUUAAACAAG